AUGUAUUUUAGCAUCCUAAAGGGAAUUUAUGUCGCCAUAAGCUUGUUCGGUUCGCUUGCAAGCUCAGCAUCGGUGGCAAACCGGAAUAUCAGUAAGGCAUUUACUCUUCAGGACAAAAUAUGCUCAAUGAAAUUUGAUCCCAAAGACGGCAGCUACUGGAGAUUUUUUGAGCAGGUUACCGGGUUUAUUUUGCCGCCUUACUUGGACAAUUACGACAAGACACCUUAUACCGGAUUUAAGUUUCUGAGAACCUACAGUUUUCAACCUACAUCAUUGAAUUCGGAAACAAACCUCCUAAUGGCAUUCUGCAGCGAUGGAAAGGUUCAGUGGGAUCUUUCUGUUCCAGUGAAACAAGACAUUGACUGGAAGAAGCCUUUAUGCGUUCAUAUUGCGACUGAAACGGUCGAAACUCCGCAGAAGAAGCAUUUCUGGGCUAAAAUCCUCGAUAUAGGUAAGCCGCCUGGUAUACGAAAAAAGAGCAAGAAAGAGACGGCGAUUGCAGAUCUUGAUAAUUUCCAUUGUUUUAAACUUGCCAGACGCAAGAAAUAUUUUAACCGAAAUAUAUCGUUAUUCUUUCCAGGAAGUUGGGUUGGCGGUAUAUAUUUCUGUGACCUCACUGACGAAUCGAAAAGAGACCUCAUCAGGUCAAUGGACGAUAAUUUGCUGUUGAAAGAAGCUGGCGACUUUGAUUUUUGCACCAAGACAAACGCUAUCCCACUGAUGCCCCUCGAGUCCGAUAACUAUAGCAAGAGUUGGAGAGAAUAUAAGAGCUCUAAACUGCUGUCUUUUUUGGGUAGAAUUCAAGAGUUUCGCGUUACCAAGUAUGUCCCAUUUCUUAACACACCCAAUUAUCCAAUGCAAGGCCUAAAUGUUAAAACGGAUAAAGCGCCCUAUCCAGCCAUGACUACGUUCACAGGCAAAGUUCUACGAGAACAAGUGAUGGACAUUUUCCACAGGAGCAAUUCCGUUACGAAAGCACAAGAUCCCUGGUUUACAGACAUAGAAGUUCAGGAGAACUAUUGUUUCUCUACACAGGAAGAGCGAAGACUGAAUAAACUUCUCGAUCAGACGAGAAAAACACUUGACAGCAUAAGUAUGUCAGCAUUAAACUCAGCCAGAAAUUUUUUGUCCAGCAGUGAUUGUGAGCAGGCGACUGAUCGAACUGAUCGGGGGGCAAGAAAAUUGUUCAAUCGGCUGGAGACCAAAUUCUGGGACCACUUACCGCUCUACGACAAAGAUCUUGCCUUGAUGGGAAGUGACGACGAAAACCUGCGACAGCUGGAUAAAAAGUGGAAAACUUUACGCCUAGGCUAA